AUGAGACCGAAUGAUUCAAACUGGAAGGCGCCUUCCUAUGGAAGGCUGGAGGAACUGUUGAAGAAGCAGUUUAGUUCAUCAGUCAAUCAUGUUCGAGUUGCUGUUAUUGAUGACACCAUGAGUUAUGAGCUGUACGAUGCUGUUCGUGAUGAGAAUGGAGAUGUAAGUAAAUUUCUAGACGUCUUGGAGAGAGUAUGCACGGAAAAACAACUUGAUUGUUCCACCGUCUUAAAUCAAGCCACUCCCACGGGUGAUUCGUUGCUUCAUGUUGCAGCUGAGCAUGGAGCAAUUAGUAUCGCAGAGCUGCUUGUUGAUAAUAAUUUUUUGCUAAUUGUGACAAACAACAGAAAAGACACAGCGCUUCAUGUUGCCGCUAGAGCUAAGAAUAUUGGGGUGAUGAGAGUUAUCUUGUCCAAAUUUGAUGAUGCUAGCAGUAAGGAUAACUUUAUUAUGUUACCCAAUAAGGUUGUGCAUACAGCUUUGCACGAAGCUAUUCUUAGCAAAUAUUUUGAGGGGUUUGAUUUCCUUUUAAGUGAGCAAAGUGACAGUACUUGGCCACUCUAUUGGGACACUCACCCAACUGAGUCACCAAUAUACUUGGCAGUCCAAAUUGGGGAUGUUGCAAUUCUUCGUCAUCUCUUGCAGAUUCCAUUUCCAUCAGACCGGGUCAUUCAUAAGAGCCGUGGAAACUCUCCACUUCAUGCCGCCAUAUCAGAACGCAAUAUUGCUUUUGUGAAGGAGAUACUAGACAACAAAAAAGAGCUGAAGUUCCUCAAAGAUGAAAAUGAAAACACGCCCCUUCAUUACGCAGCAUACGCUGGUUAUGUGGAAGGUGUUCGUGAACUUUUAAAGGAAUCCACCCUUGUCCCAUUAUUUCAACGAAACUCACAAAAUAAUCUUCCAAUUCACGUUGCUUGUGGUCAGGGCCAUGUUCAGGUGGUUGAAGAAUUGCUGCGCAAACAAGGACCUUGUACCACAAUGAGAGGACAAAACGAGAUGGUAAAAUACCUGUUGAACCACUCGAAGGUAUCUUCAGAAAGUGUGAAUGAGAAAGACUUAAAUGGAGAUACCCCGCUGCAUCUGGCAGCAAGAAAGUUGUACCUUUGGACUCUAUUCCAUCUAUCACGAGACAAAAGGAUGAAUGUGAACCUUGUAAAUAACCGUGGCUUAACAGCUCAUGAUAUUGUCGAAUGGCAGAGUAAAAUUCCAAAGACUCGUACAGAGUAUUUUGCAUCUAAGAUUUUAAAAUUUGCUGGUGCCUCGCUCAAAAAAAAUAAGCCGAGAGAAAAACAUGUAGACAAUAAAGAAUGGAAUGUGAAUGAUGGGGCCAACACACUCAUAAUAGUGGCCGUACUGGUAGCCACAGUGACAUUUGCAGCUGGUUUCACAGUACCAGGUGGGGUAUACAAUUCGGAUGACGCAGUCCCUAAAGAAAGAGGCAUGGCAGUGUUGACUUGUCAAACCCUGUUCAAAAUAUUUAUGGCUUUCAACACAAUUGCUAUGUAUUGCUCCACCAUCGGUUCUAUUAUUCUUCUUUAUAGGCAUCUGGGUGAUCGUCGAUUUUCAGAGCGAACGUAUUAUAUCUCCAGAGGUUUUGUCCAAGUGGCUCUUGUAACCAUGCCAGUGGCGUUUAUGGCUGCCAUACGUUUGGUUGUCAGCAAUAACUCCUUGCUUACGUAUCUUACAAGUGUCAUUGCAAUCAUCUUCAUUUUCCUGGUACUAUUUCUUCGCAUUUUAGCAUGGUUUCAUCUUGGAAUUCACAUUCCUAUAUUACGUCGAGUUGGAGAACUUCUUCUUUGGAUUAUUAUUAUUUUAUUUUAUGGGGGUAAGGAUAAUAUAGUUUAUGAUGCUGGUGAAAUCCAUCAAAACGAUGAAGAUAUGGUACCCAACACAGUCAAAGCCACGCAAGAGAUGAACCAUAUGUCACCUAGUGUCCUUUGUGCUGAUGAUCACCCUGGUAUUGUACAACCUAGUCGAAGGCUUUCUAGUAAUCAGAGGAGGAUGGAUGGUUAUGAUGAGAUCCUCAAAAAAAGACCUGGGGAGAGCUGUAAAAUUGUAGAGAGAAUUGGGGUUGACCAAGAGGAAAACUGGAAUGAUAUGCAAGUUGAGGUGUAUGGACAUAGAGAUGAAGAGUAUUAUGAGGAAAGCAUUCCUGAGAGGCUGUUGUGA